UUCUUCCUUGUCCUCCAACCAAACCCACAAAACCCAAUAGUCAGUCUGACUCGUAAUAAUCAAUCACAAAUCACAGAUAAUACCGAAGAGAGCCGCCCCGCCAUUAAUAAUAAUUAUCAUUUGAGAAGGUAGGAAAAGAAGCAAUGAGUUCAAGUUUAUUAAACGCCUUCAACUACCUCAGACCUCUUUACACCGCCUGCUACCCUUCUUCAUCUUCAUGUCUUGAGCAGCCAUCUACUUCUUUCUCUCGCUUUCUUUCCUUUAAAUCUCUUCCUAACCCUAGUCUACGUUUUUACUCCUCUCCCCGGCAUUCAUCAUCCUCCUCCUCCACUUCGAGAGAAAACACAGGUAUGAAUUUUAUGAAAGAGUUUUCAGGAAUGGGUUCUACGUCUUGUGGUGACCGUGUUGCUAUAAGGGCUGAUCAGAAGAGCUACAGUUACAGUCAACUACUUUCAUCUGCAUAUAACAUAUCAAAGCUCUUAAGUAGUAAGGUGGAUAGUAAGAAUGAGAAUUACAAUCUUGGUGGAGCUAGGAUAGGAAUUGUAGCUAAGCCUUCUGCCGAGUUUGUUGCUGGAAUUUUAGGAACGUGGUUAAGUGGUGGUGUUGCUGUUCCGCUUGCACUGAGCUACCCAGAAACUGAGCUCAUGCAUGUUAUGAAUGAUUCGGAUAUAUCAAUGAUUUUAAGCACCGAAGACUAUUCUGAGCUGAUGCAAAAUGUUGCCGCUAAAACAUCUGCUCUGUUUUCCCUUAUUUCUCCUGUUGCUGAUGCAUCUUUGAGGGUUAGUGAGGAUAACGAGUUGCAUAAGAAAGAAUUGGACAAGUUUGGAGAUUUGUUCCAUGUCCAAGGAGAGGAUCCAGCCCUGAUCAUAUAUACUAGUGGCACUACAGGUAAACCUAAAGGAGCAGUGCAUACACAUAAAGGCAUCCUAGCACAGGUUCAAAUGUUAUCGGAAGCAUGGGCAUAUACAUCUGCUGACCAAUUUUUGCACUGUCUACCAUUGCAUCAUGUCCAUGGGCUUUUCAAUGCUCUACUGGCUCCACUGUAUGCUGGUUCAGCGGUUGAGUUCAUGCCAAAAUUUAGUGUUAGAGGAAUCUGGCAGAGAUGGAGAGAAUCAUAUCCAAGAGAUGGAACAAAGGCGGAUGAUGCAAUAACUGUUUUCACCGGUGUUCCAACAAUAUAUACUCGGUUAAUACAAGGUUACGAGGCAAUGGAUCCUGAGUCACAAGCUUACUGUGCUUCAGCUGCAAGCAAGUUACGGCUAAUGAUGUGUGGCUCUUCUGCACUUCCCUUUCCCAUUAUGCAGCAAUGGGAGACUAUUACUGGUCAUCGCCUUUUGGAACGAUAUGGCAUGACUGAGUUUAUCAUGGGCAUUUCAAAUCCCUUAAGUGGCGUAAGGAAAGCAGGCACUGUAGGCAAGCCAUUUCCUGGGGUGCAGACCAAGAUACUUCCAGAAGAUGGUCAUAGUGACGACACAUCGGUAGUGGGUGAACUUUGCAUCAAGAGCCCUUCGUUGUUUAAAGAAUACUGGAAACUUCCUGAGGUAACUAAGGAAUCCUUCAUUGAGGAUGGAUUCUUCAAGACUGGAGAUGCUGUUAAAGUGGACGAAGAUGGAUACUUCAUUAUUUUGGGCCGUACUAGUGCUGAUAUUAUGAAAGUUGGAGGAUACAAGUUAUCUGCAUUAGAAAUUGAAUCUGUUCUUUUAGAGCAUUCAGCAGUAUCAGAAUGCUGUGUGUUGGGCUUACCUGACGAAACCUAUGGAGAAGCUGUAUGUGCAAUAAUUGUACCUGAAGCGGAGACGAAAUUACAAAGAGAGGAAGAGCUGAAACCUGCUCUUAGCUUGGAAGAGCUAAGUGGUUGGGCAAAGGAGCGAUUAGCUCCGUAUAAGCUACCUACAAGGCUAUUCUUGUGGAAUUCACUUCCUCGAAAUGCUAUGGGCAAGGUGAACAAGAAAGAGCUGAAAAAGAAAUUAGCAGCUGAUGGAGGGCCAUAACUUCUUUAAAAAAAAGUAAAAUCAGUUUCUAUGGAAACCAUAUAUGGGAAUAAUUAAUAAUCAAUGAUUUGUUCAUUGUCACUAGUUAGUAUUUCUUAUAAUUAGCAAUUCUAUUAUUACUGUUUAUACUAUCUAAUAGAUUAUUGAAAGCCUCUAAAUGAAAUACAAUUUUGACAUUAUCUAAGAAAUAAUUUAUCACUACCCUUGCUGAAUCUUUUCCUGGUCUUGAAUUGUCAAUUGUCAUGGGCAUUUUGGGUAUUUCUUCUCUGUAGUUAAGGGUAUUAUCAAAGUUGGAAAGUCGACUCUGGCCUCAGUAUGAACUUUUGAGUAAAGUUGGAAGUUUAUUAUUCAAUAGAAUUAUUUCCUUAAAGCUGAA